AUGACAGGUCAACUCAUUGAAUCCUUUGAAGUCGAAUCAUCAGCAUCAUCACUGCGAGAUGCUUUGCUCGUUGGUGUGGUGGAAGACAGCAGCAGUACGAUGAGACAGAACUCAUGCUGGUAUCCCAAUUAUGUCUGCUGGCCUUCCAUACUACUACGAGCUCGUACCAUCGGAAUGGCACUUGCCGGUGUCAUGGUUUUCAUGCUAUUAAUUUCUGCUUUUCCAACUCGGUCCUCUUCAGCAGCAACUCUGAAUGAAGAACUACAAAGCCAGGCUUCUCCUGUUGCCCUUCUUCCUCCAUAUGACGACUUUGACGAUGAUGAUGAAAUCACCGCACCCGCGUUUCUCAUCGGUGAUAUUAGCAGCAGCAUUUGUAACGUAUGGACUGGCCAUGGAGACCUUGGUCUGAAGCCAUUUGGCGAGGAGAUUGAUCGUACUUUUUGUGAAAAACAGCAGGAAGAAGAAGGCUUGGAAAAUUGGAUGGAAAGCCUAAAAUACAGCGAGGUGCUCAGGUGCUACAACAUGAACUAUCGAUGGUGUUUUGUCAACGAGUUGCCCGAAGGCUUAGAUUCAGGCAUCUUAGGAGGCAGUGUCAAUUCGGACAUUGCUGAUUUGCAGUCAAAAUGUGUUUUUCAGUUCUAUGACCACCAAGGCAUUCUGUACAGUACUUCCGGCCAACGGAUGCCGAAAGCCUUCAAUUCGAAAUGCAGUCACAAUUUGAUAUCGGAACUUUGGCAUUCGGUCAAUCCCAUAUCGGGUUGUGGCAUAGAACACCGCUAUCGGUUCUGCGACAACGAAGGUAAUGUUGACUGGGACAAGCUGAAUGGUCCCGGCCCGUUCAACUGUCGAGAAUUUGAUGCUGUAGAUGUCUAUCAGAUGGGGAGUGCAGACGAGUCAGGUAUGGAGGAUCUGUGUAAAGCACAGGCGAAAGGGUGCGCUAAAUCAAUACAGCAGGCAUGCAAAGACGGCAAGUACCACGAAGAGCUUCUUGAUCCGAUGUCGGAAGAGUGCAUGAACUUUGUUUAUUUUAUGGAUUAUGACCAAAUAUGUAUUGAUUCCCCAUAA